CAUCUUGUUCUAUACUAUAGAUUUCAAGGAAAGGAAAACCAGAGAAAAAGUUAAUUUUACAAAACGAAAAUGGCUGCGACUGCGAGCCGUCGCAAACAAGAUGAUAAAAAUUUAGAAAUCUUACGAGAACUUAUAUCCUUAAACGGCAAUAAAUAUUGUUUGGACUGUAAUCAGAGAGGGCCUACAUACGUCAAUACUACAAUUGGUUCCUUUGUGUGCUCAAAAUGUUCGGGAAUGCUGCGCGGACUCACACCUCCUCAUCGUGUAAAAUCUAUCUCAAUGGCUACUUUUACACCGGAAGAGAUAGAAUUCAUUAAAGUAAGAGGAAAUGAUUAUUGCCGCCGCGUGUGGUUAGGCCUUUACGAGGGUGAAAGUGUAAACUUCACCGACGAGCAAAGCGUAAAAGACUUUAUGUCAGAUAAGUAUGAAAAGAAGAGGUAUUACUUGGACUCACCGCUCAAUAGUGUACCUGUCGCAAAUGGAAACGGAAAUUCGUCUAUAAAAAAUAAAACUAAUAAAGGCAAGUUGUCUAGCAAUGCUGGAGCAGCCACUCCUUUAAUAUCCAUUGCACCUCAGACUACAAAGAUGUCCAAUAAUAACAAUAAUGUGGUAAAUGUUGCUAAAAUAGUGAACAGUACACCUGCCAGUGAACCAAUGCACAAAUUGCCCAGGCCAGUCAAUAAUUAUUCGCAGCCAUUGGUAAACAAGAUGCCAGCGGCUCCAGCUGCAGUCCAGAACCCAGUCCCUGUACCUGAUUUUCCUGUUGAUUUCUCUACUGCAAACAUUUACAACAGUGCACAGUACAACAACAGUAUGAACAACAAUAUAACAACACAACAAUCUUUAAACAACACUCCUGUUUUCAAUGCAUUCACUUCAUCUCAAUCUUCAUCAAAUGAUCGCUAUGCUGCUUUAGCAGAUUUGGAUAUGGCUUUAAGACAGCAAAAUAUGCAGAAUAUGGAUGAAAGUAACAACAUGAAUAGAAAUCCAUUUCAAAGUUCUGCAGCCAGUGAUAUAUUUGCCAAUAAAAACCCAUUCUUCAAUGGAGGUUGGAAUGCAGCAGCAUCAGCCAUGCCUGUCAACCCUUUUAUGCCUACAAACAAUGGAGCAUUUGUGAAUUCAAAAAAUCCUUUCCUCUGAUAGUCAGCGUCAACCAUCGGAACAAGCUACGAACAAAGAGAAACUAAUGCAAAUAACUUAAGUCAAUUGUGUUAGGUAGGACACAUGGAAGGGUCUGUAUUCUAACAAAUACGAGUAAGUAACAUUUUUACUAUUGGAACAAAUGAGAAUUAUACAAACGAGAAUUAUAUAUUUUUUUCUGUUUUCAUCUUUUUCAUGAUGGUAUAAAAAAAACUUCAAACUAAUUCUAAACUGGAUUAAAAAGUUUCCUACAUUUUUAAACUACUAGAUUAAAAUUAAUUAAUUCAAUAUAAAUAAUGCAGAUUUUAAUGCAUUAUUACAGAUUUUUUUUUAAUAUCUUUUUUUUAAUAUACAGACAAACAUGAUUAUUUAGUGACUGUAAUUGUUAGACUACGGAACCCAAAAAGCACAAACAAUGCUACAAAUAUUAUAUUGUUUUAAUUAUAAUGUAACAGAAUAACUCAACUAAGUAUUUACACAUUUGCCAUAGUGUUUAGUCUAUUGUGCUUAUUACGGUUGUUAACUUAAGUGCCUCAAUCUGCCUUAAUGUUUGAUGAAAUAAUAAUAUAUUCUUGUAAUACAUGCUGUUGUUAUAUUUACACAACUGUAGUUGAAAGAAUGUUAAUUCAGUGAUUGAUAUAAGAGAAUUAAUUGUGAAAUUAUAAAAUAUUAAAUUAUAUUCUGGUCCUAGCUUUAUGAAUUAUUAUUAUUAAAUGUAUUGUAUAAAAUUGAAUUUAAACAUUUAUUUUGAAAUUUACAUGACAAUAUUUUGUGGUAAUUUUUUUUUUGCAUGAAAAUGUAAUUGGUGGCCUUAAAUUAUUCUAAAGAGGAGUUAUUUAGUGAGUAGCCUGCUUUAAUGUCAUUGUUCAUCCUGAAUACGUAAUCUGAGAUUGCAACAGAAUUUAAUAACAAUUUUAUGAUAUUAUCCAUUCAAAUUAUGAUGAUAUUGGUGAUGGUUUGGUAUUUUCUGUUAAAGUUCGCUAUCAAGAAUUGUUAUUGUAUUCCAAUGAAAUACCAGAGUCAUUUGCGUCAGUAAGUUAAGGGUACAAAGUAUUUUCUAAUCAUGACAUUAGUCAAGCACGAAAGACAAUCAAGUUCAUAGUAUUGUUAUGAACUAAUAGCCUGAUGGCCAGAACUUGUCCUAAAGCAACUCUUACAUCAACUAGGAAAUUAUGGUAUUUGGACUGUGGUGGCUUUGGGAGUUGGCAGUUUUCAAAGGUCCAGACCAAAUAGUUCAAGUAUAAAAGAUAUUUUUUUUUACUUACUAUGAGGUAUAUUAUGGAAAAUAUUGUCCAAAAUCGCCUGUCACUUAAUUUUAUAGCAACCCUUUAAAAUGUGAUUUUUAUAAGUGUUUUAAGAAGGGUUGCCAGAAAGCUGUGUUACAAGUUCAUACAUUGCAAGAGCUAUCAAUAAAUAAGAGAGUAUUUGAUGACUUGAGCUCCGUUGUUUGUUAGGCAGCGUGAACAUCGUCACGCUGCCAGUCGCGUUAGUUAUUCUGUUCUGUUUUGUGUUGUUAUUAUCAUAAAUUGUUUAGUCCCGGUAUAGAUAUGUUGGACAGGGUAGUUGAGUGUUUAUGCAUUCUAAAGGGAUCCUUAAUGCCUGCUGCCAAUGUCACAAGUACUGGGACCUGCUCGAUGUGUUUCCUUUACAACAAAAUAAUGGUACAAUCACUAUCGCUGCUACCCUUCACGUCACAGGUUGGCGACAGGGGCCAUGAUUUCUCAUAUGAUGCCCAGUAAAUAUAAAAAUGACACUUGGAUGGAUAAGAGGGUCAGGACUUUUGACAAUUACUAUCUUUAAUUUUUAAUGUUGCCUACUUAGUAGGUUCAAUGUUAGCUAUAGUAGUAGGAGCAUGGGUUGUAGAUAAAUCAGGACGGUUUGGCCAUCAAGUCUCUCGAUCUAUUAUGUACCUAUGUUAUUAAGUACCUAUUAUCAGAAGAAUAGGAGAGGCUAAGUAUUAUUUACACACUUUAUUACAUUUAUUUGUUUACGUUUUGAAUUGUUUUAUAAUUGACAUUUUGAUAUUUCCAUUUUAUUCCUUUGAGUCAAAUUGUUACUAAGGUUCAGUAAUUAUUGUUGUAUGAUAAUUCAAUGUGAAAUUGGUUUCUUUAGUAACUCUAAAUCAAGCUCUCAAAUUUCGUGCUUUAUCUGUGAUUUUACUCGUAGUUUUAAGCAAUGGUUAAAUAUGCAAUAGGCCAAGUUAUCCAACGGGAUGAUUUGACUCAAUAUGGUAUUGUGUGGAUAGCGAUGCCAUAUUGCAUAUAUGCCCAUGCCUUUAAUAUCUUCACGCAUAUUAACUGAACAACUUUUUACUUUUAAAUCAAUGCACUUUGACUAUUUAUUUAAAUCUAAUCUAAUUAUUAUUAAUUAAUUUUACUUUUUGAGCACUGAGAUCUGUUAAUUUGUAUAAAGAUGUAAGAAUUAAAUCUAAUAUUUUUUUAUUUA